GCUAAAUGCCUCCUUUUACCAAAAACAAAAAAGUAUAUGUAAUCCAGCUUUUCAAUAUUUGUUGCCUUUAGGAAUAUUUUUUUGUUUAUCAUACUCUUAGUGGAACAUGUCCCAUAUUAAAACCUGUUUGCUGAACUACUUCCAAUAAAAUAUAGAGUACAAUAAUUGCUACAGAAGUGAAAAACAGCAGGCAUCAAACAAGCUGAGAGAUGAAGAAAGUAGAGCUCAUUUUCGUUCCAACGCCAGGAAUUGGCCACUUGGUCUCAACUGUUGAAUUCGCAAAGCUCCUGAUCGAUCACAAUGAUCGGAUUUGGGUUAUUAUUCUUUCCAUGAAGUGGUUUCCAGAUGCUGCUUUAGAUGCGUACACCAAAUCCCUCACUGCUUUGCCACCUGAUGGAAUCCAACUCAUUGACCUCCCUCGAGUGGAUCCUCCCUCCAAAGCUCCUUGGAAGUCAGCCGAAAGCAUCAUAGAUUCGUUCAUCAAGUGCUACAUCCCUCCUGUUAGAAACGCUGUCAGAGACAUUGUUUCAAUGAAAUGUAGCUCGGAUGAAACCAGAGUUGCGGGAUUAGUUCUUGAUCUCUUUUGUUCACCCAUGGUUGAUAUUGCAACUGACUUUGAUCUUCCUUCUUAUAUAUUCAUCACCUCAAAUGCAGCCUUCUUGGGUCUCAUGUAUCUACCAACUCGACAUAGCCUGAACAGCUCCGAAUUCCAAAGCUCAGAUCCUGAACAUGUGAUCCCAGGCUUUGUCAGUCCUGUCCCUACAUAUGUUCUUCCAUCGGCUGUAUUUAGCAAGGAUGGAGGUUAUGCCGCAUAUGUCAAAGUUGCUGAAAGGUUCAAGGAUGCCAAAGGUAUAAUAAUUAAUACAUUUGAAGAAGUUGAGCAUUACGCUCUUAACUGUUUCUCCAACGGCCAAAACCCUCCAGUUUAUCCAGUUGGACCAGUGAUUAACCUCAAUGGUCUGAGUUACUCAGACUCAGAUGAUAAGGUCAUGAAAUGGCUCGAUGAUCAGCCUCAAUCAUCAGUGGUGUUCCUUUGCUUCGGAAGCAUGGGAAGCUUUAAAGCACCCCAAGUGAAAGAAACAGCACUGGGGCUGGAGCAAAGUGGGUUCAGGUUCUUAUGUUCCUUGCGUGUGCAACCACCGCAAAAUGAUGCUUCAAACAUGUUACCGGAAGGGUUCCUGGAAAGGGUCCAAGGGAGAGGGAUGAUAUGCAGUUUUAUAUCUCAUUGUGGUUGGAACUCAAUCCUGGAAAGCUUGUGGUUCGGUUUACCAAUUGUAACAUGGCCUCUGUAUGCUGAACAACAGCUCAAUGCAUACAAGAUGGUGAAGGAAUUAGGAUUAGCAGUGGAGAUGAGGUUGAACUAUAGGAAAGAUAGUGAUGAAGUGGUGAUGGCGGAUGAGAUAGAGAAAGCUGUGGGGAUGGUAAUGGAUGGUGGAAGUGAAAUGAGAAAGAAAGUGAAGGAAAUGGGUGAGAUAGCAAGGAAGAGUGUUAUGGAAGGUGGAACUUCAUUCAAUUCUAUUGGAAAACUGAUAGAGAACAUGAUAGGCAACAACUGAUAUGGAAUCAUAGCUGGUGUCAUUGAUACUGUUAAUUUAUUUGUACAACUGACAUGGUAUCACUGCUCCAUUUUUCCUUGUAAUAAAACAAGAAUGAACGAAGUCUUUUUGUUUACCUUGCUUUUCUUUCUUUUUUAUUUUUCACUUUCUUUUAAUCCAAAUGUAAAGUUUAGUGAAACAGUGCAGGAAUAAGUGAGCAUCAGAGUUAUGAUGUCCUUUAGUUAGUCUCUGGACUCUGGUGAUUAAUAUCCAUUAGGUUGUAUUUUACCUUUGUGAAAUAUAGAUUGAUUUAAGCA